GCAGUCGGCAUCCAGCCUCCGCCACAGAAGGUUGGUGGCUCUUUCUUACGUUGAGAUUUACGUCUUUGUUACUGAAAGAAUGUUUGUGAUCCUGAUAACACUGGCACUGGGUGCCUUCAUGAUCUGGUGGCUGCUGACGCCGGAGAAGAGACUGAGGGAGAUGGGCAACAAGAUCCCAGGCCCAACGCCUUACCCAUUAGUUGGCAAUAUCUUCAACUUCAACAUCUUCGGCAUAAAAGCUCUAGAUGAUUGGAAGUAUUGCAUGAAUAAGUAUGGAAGAACCUUUCGAUUUUGGCUCGGUCCACAACUCCAUAUAUUUAUUACAGAGCCCGAAGAUAUUCAAAUGCUGCUAAGCAGUCAAACAUUAAUUACUAAAUCUGAAGCAUACUACACAUUGGAGUCUUGGCUGGGAAGUGGACUCCUUGUCAGUACAGGUGAAUUGUGGCAAAGGAGGAGGAAGGCAAUUACACCGACCUUCCAUUUCAAAAUUCUUGACGAAUUCGUGCCGACAUUCAACAAAUGCGCCAAUACUCUGGUGAAGAUCCUAAAGGACAAAGUCAGCAAGGGAUUCUUCCCGUUGACAGAUUUCAUGUCCCAUUGUGCCUUGGAUGCUGUUGCGGAAACCGCUAUGGGAACUGAGAUAAAGGCUCAAACCAACCCAAUAGGAGAAUAUCCAUCAUCUGUUGUGAAAAUGACUACUACAUUGAUGGAAAAAAUAGGUAAUCCGUUACUUGGAAUGGAACCACUUUACACAAUGUCUGGUCGCCGAACGAGAGAAGACCAUCUCCUAAACAUUCUCUUCUCCCUACCACUUGAGGUGAUAAGGAAGAAAGAAAAUGAAAAAAAUUCUCCAACCGAUUCAUCACCAACUGAAGAAGCAUUUGGAGUAAAGAAAAAAACUGCUUUCUUAGAAUAUCUUCUAAAAAUGAAGCGUGAUAAUGUACCUGCUUUCCAAACAGAAAAAGAUAUUAAGGAUGAAGUGAUGACUUUUAUGUUCGAGGGUCAUGACACAACAACAAUGGCUUUGACUUUUGCAGUCUGGCUUCUUGGGUUACACCAGGACAUUCAGGAAGAAUUAUAUCGUGAAGUAUCAGGAAUUCUAGUGGGACAGGAACCAACCAUGGAAGAUUAUCAAAAAAUGACAUACUUGGAGCGAGUUUUAAAAGAAACCAUAAGGCUUUACCCUUCAGUGCCAAUUGUAGCAAGGAAGGCUACUCAAGAUGUUGUCCUUCCUUCCUGUGGAUAUACAGUACCCAAGGGAGCACAUCUCGAUGUAAUCAUCUUAGCACUUCAAAGGCGGGAGGAUCUUUUCACAGAUCCAGAUAAGUUCAACCCUGACAGGUAUUUCGAACCUCAGAAGCAUCCAUAUGCAUACAUACCAUUCUCCGCUGGACCCAGAAACUGUAUAGGUCAGAAAUUUGCCAUGUUAGAUAUGAAGGUCAUUGUAUCUAAUUUGGUACUAAAUUACAAAAUAGAAUCUGAUGAAGACAUAAUUGUUAGUCCAGAAAUGAUCCUACGUACGAAAAAAGGACCAAACAUCCGCUUGAUAUCUCGAAAUUAAUUGUUUAAAGUAUUGUUUUAUUUUUAAUUUUUUUAUUCAUAAAGCAUUAAUUUUUGUAUUAAUAAUAAUAAUAAUUAUAAUUGUUUAA